AUGAUGUCAGAAGUUGGAUUACAUGCAACAGUCACCUUUGAAGAGGUCCAAACAUCUGGAUCCCCCACUCGGCCAUUGGAAUUUCCUCCGCCGAAUGUGGCUCGAGGUGUUCGAGUACAAGCUCUAGUCAUUGAUCUAGAACGAGGAGUCCGAGAUGUCUGGCCAAAUGUGAUUCAUCGAGAAGAUUUGCUAAGUGGGGAUCAAGAGGUUCAAGCCUUUUUUCCAAACAAGCGAUUGCAGGAUGCCAUUUAUGGAAGUGUUUGGGCAGCGGUCGUUCUGCGUCGACACCAUGGACCUGCUGCUGAUGACGCUGCCCGGGCAGCUGGCUUGGAACCUGGUAGUCCACAAGCACCAAUUGUUUGGGAAACAACCAACAUGCGAGUAGCCAUCAAAAUGGUGGACUGGAGCCGAGUGCAUCGAAUGAGAGGUCGAUUGCUGGAAGAUCCUGUAAAGGAAGUGGCCGCACUACAGCUAAUAGGGGCGGAUCAUCCACAUGUAUUGGGUUCCAUUGAUGUCAUGCAGGAUGAAAACUACCUUUAUUCAGUCAUGCCGUUUUGUAGGGGAGGAGAUUUGUUUGGCAUCGUUGUGCGUUAUGCUGAAGAGGUGGGUGGUGAGAGGGGAAUGCCAGAACCUGUUGCAAGGUAUUGGUUUCGUCAAAUACUGUGGGGAUUACACAGGCUACAGGAGCUAGGAAUUUGCCACAGAGAUCUCUCACUGGAAAAUAUUCUGGUGGAUGUAGAAAACUGCUUGGUGAUUGAUAUGGGAAUGUGUUUGCGCAUUCCCUACAACAGCGAUGGGAAGAGUAGUGUAACAGAUGCUCGACGAGGGACUUCGCGACGAUUGAUCAAACCACAGGGCGUUUGUGGGAAGCACAACUACAUGUCGCCUGAAGUAUUUGAAAACACGAAACCCUUUGAUGGCUUUGCGAUUGAUCUGUGGGCGGCAGGUGCGAUUUUGUACAUUAUGCUCACUGGCUUUCCUGCCUACGAUCAAGCCAGCAGAGCAGACCAACGAUUUGAUCUCAUUGUCAAUGGACAUCUAACGAAACAGUUGAAGGAAUGGGGAAUCAUGUUGUCCUCUGAGGCUGGCGAUUUGCUCCAAAAUAUGAUGCAACUGAACCCCAAGGACAGGCUGACUCUAGCAGAAAUCAUGAGCCACCCUUGGGUUGCCAACGGAGAUGUACAUGCACCACUUCCACAGGAACCAAUGCCGUUCUAG